CAAUUUGACAUCAAAAGUCAAGUCAAAUACAAAUAGAAUAAAAUUAUUCUCGUUUGUGCUGUUUUUCGUCAAAGAUAAUUUAUAAAAUGUAAACAUUAAAAACAACAAAUUAAAACGAAAUUGUUUUCAUGAAUAUGUAAGGUAUACUCUGUUAGACUGCAAACUUAUAUAUAUUUAACGCUCUUCAAAGAAUAAUCGCGGGUUUAUCAAAAUGGAUAAACUCACAGUGAUCUCCGGAACACUUUUCAUGGCUGCAGAUGUUUUUGCAAUCGUGAGCCUCGCAAUGCCAGAUUGGAUAAUAACAGAUGUAGGAGGUGAUACUCGCCUUGGAUUGAUGUGGUCAUGUAUGACACUGUACAACCGUCCACAAGUAUGCUUCACACCAGAUCUGCAGCCGGAAUGGUUGCUGGCUUUGAUAUGUAUCUUCAUGGGAUGCAUUUGUAUAACAACUACAGUAAUUCUGCUAGCAUCAAGUCAUUUUGAUAGAAAUGUAAUCCCUUACGCACGCUGGGUUGGAUUUGCAGCAAUGGUUGUGUUUUGUCUUGCUGCUGUUAUAUUUCCAAUGGGUUUCCAUGUCGAUGAAAUUGGAGGCCAGCCCUAUCAACUACCUAACAGCCAUCAAGUUGGAAUUUCAUACAUACUGUUUGUUCUAUCAUUAUGGAUUACUGUCAUAUCAGAGCUCUUUGCUGGCAAAGUGUGUUUGCCGCAUUUCUAAUUUACAUUCCAUAUUCUAAGUGUCUAGAUAUGUAAGAAAAAAUGUUAUUUUAUUUUGUAAUAGAAAGGUAUAUUUUUAUUCAUUACCUAGAUCAAUACAUACAAAACAGGCCUUUACCAUGUAAUUCAUGCUGCAAUCUAACAUAUUAUUUAAAAAUAAAUGUGUUAUCCACAUGAUGACUGCAAAAUAAAUUUUACUGUAAAAUGAACUGCUAUUAAUUACUUUAUUUAUACAGUUAUUUAAUGUUACCGUUUAUUUUAUAGACCAUUUUAUUCUGACCAUCAAAAAUGUUGCUUGUUUAUAGUAACUUUUUAUACCAGUGGACCAUUGUACCACUACUAAAACACAGUUAAGCAGCUUUAGUUUCAGUAGUUUUUCUGAGUUGGAAGGAAAUGGGAAUAUUGGUUAUUUAUUUGAAGAUUUGCCUUGUGAAUAUGAUCAAUUUCUUAAAAAAAAUGUUUAUUUUUUAGUAUAGUAUUUAACUAAGUACCUAAACAUUGGACUGCUCAUUUUGCAAUGACUUAUGCCACACAAACUCAUUGCCCAUUUAGUAUAAAAAUAGCAAAUUAAAUAUAUAAAGAAUCUUGUUUAAUUAACAAACACUGAAUACAUAAUUAUAUGCAGUUAUAUGAGUUUGUGUCCAAGUUGAGAAGGUAUUAAAAAUAAUUAUAGGUUAUAGGUAGGUAUGUAUAUAGUUUUGUGCUUUGUAUUUACAAAUUAUAUUCUAAAGUAUGUUUUUGUUAUAUACUUAGUUUUUAUUUAGCGUGAAGUUAUUUUGAGUUUGGUGAUGGGAGACUUGAAUCUACCUAUUUUAAAAAUAUUUUGUCUAUAAUAAUAAUAAAUUAUUAUUAAAAUGUAAAUAAUAGAAA